AUGUCUUUUGUAAACGCGGGUGGUACCCAUAAACUUCAAUUGCUUGUUGACGGAAAAUCCAAAAACCCGCGGGCAUUUAAAUCAACACAUCUUCCUAUUUGUUAUCGUGCACAAAAAAAUGCUUGGGUUACGAAAGACUUGUUUCUUGAGUGGUUUAAAACGAAAUUCGUUCCCGCGAUCCGUCGCCAUCUUUUGUCUGUUAAUUUGCCUCCUCAGGUACUGUUAUUGUUGGAUAAUUGUCCUGGGCAUCCAUCAGCAGAUGAACUUGUCUCUGAAGACGGCAACAUUUUUGCAAUGUUCCUGCCACCUAAACACCACGGCGUGUAUACAAUCAAUGGAUCAGAACGUUAUACAAAAUGUGAAGUUAAAUUACCGCAAAUCACUUUUGGUUAA